AAUAGAUACUUUCGCUGGGUGCUUUGAGUUGACUUUGCCAACAUGGUCAAAUCAUAUCUCAAGUAUGAGCAUUCAAAAUCCUUCGGCUUAGUCGCCUCCGGCACUUCCAAUUUACUAUGGACGCCAAAUCAACGGUCGAGCACGAACACGGGCGCAGGUCAAGCUGUGGUCGCCGCCAACGAGGACAUUCUGAUUUGGGACAUCAAGAAGGGCGAACUACUGAACCGUUGGCGAGACGAGAACUGCUCGGCCCAGGUUACCGCCAUUGCCCAGAGCAAGACAGACAAGGAUGUAUUCGCAGUGGGCUAUGAGGAUGGCAGCAUCCGACUUUGGGACAGCAAGAUCGCCACAACUAUCGUGAACUUCAAUGGCCACAAAUCAGCCAUCACCCUCCUCGCAUUCGACAAAUCCGGCGUGCGGCUCGCCAGUGGCUCAAAAGACACCGAUGUCAUCGUGUGGGACUUGGUCGCCGAGGUUGGCCAAUUCAAGCUCCGUGGACACAAGGACCAAAUCACGGGUCUUCAAUUCGUCGAGCCACAGCCAGAGCUCACCGAACAAGACGGCGACGAAGCCAUGAUCCUGGAUGGUCCUGCGGCUGGCUCCGAGGGGUUUCUCCUCACUACCGGCAAGGACGCCUUGAUAAAACUCUGGGAUCUGUCGUCGCGUCACUGCAUUGAAACCCACAUCGCCCAGACAAACGGAGAGUGCUGGGCUUUGGGGCUUUCGCCAGACUUGAGCGGCUGCAUAACCGCCGGCAACUCUGGCGAGCUGAAGGUAUGGGCCUUGGACACAACCGGCCUGGCUGCCUCUCAACAGCAAGUGGACGUUCCCGCAGGCACUCAAUUCUUGCAUGACAGGGGCACCCUCUUCCGUGACGGAAAGGACAAGGCAACCGAGAUCAUCUUUCAUCCUCGCAGAGAUUAUUUCGCAGUACAUGGAUCAGAGAAGGCUGUCGAGAUCUGGAGGAUACGGACGGAGUCGGAAAUCAAAAAGAGUCUAUCUCGAAAGAAGAAGAGAAGAAAGGAGAAGCUCGCCAAGAAGGGUGCCGCGGAGAACGGGGAUGCCGAUGUCGAUGUGGAGGGCGAGGACGAGGAUGUCAGCACCGCUUCUGUCACAGAGGCCUUUGCGCAGCAUCUCAUUGUUCGAACUGGCGGCAAAGUCAAGAGUGUUGACUGGGCUGAUAACCGAGGCCACAAAGAGUUGCAAUUGCUUGUCGGCACGACCAAUAACCAAUUGGAACUCUACAACAUACAAACCAAGGAGAAGAACGCGAAAUCAAAACAAGAGGACGUUCCGGAUUACACUCGGUCCUUGGGCGUUGACUUGCCAGGGCACCGAGCUGAUAUUCGUUCCCUCGCCUUGAGCUCAGACGACAGGAUGCUUGCGUCUGCCUCCAACGGUAGCCUGAAGAUAUGGAACGUCAAGACACGAUCCUGCAUUCGAACCUUCGAAUGUGGAUAUGCGCUAUGUUGUGCCUUCCUCCCUGGAGACAAGGUCGUUGUGGUAGGAACCAAGGCGGGUGCGCUUGAGGUGUUCGACGUGGCGUCUGCCCAGCUCCUCGACAGCGUGUCUGCUCACGAAAAUGCAAUCUGGUCCCUCCAGGUGCAUCCAGACGGCCGCUCAAUGGCGUCGGGAAGUGCUGACAAGUCAGCCAAGUUCUGGGAAUUCAAGAUAGUGCAGGAAGAGGUUUUGGGCACAACAAGAACGACGCCAAAACUGAAAUUGGUACAAUCCAAGCAAUUGAAAGUGUCGGAUGACGUUCUCAGUCUCAGAUACUCUCCUGAUGGAAAGUAUCUGGCGGUGGCGCUCUUGGACAGCACGGUGAAGGUGUUUUUCACGGACUCCCUCAAGCUAUACUUGAACCUGUACGGGCACAAGCUCCCAGUCCUAAGCAUGGACAUAUCGUAUGACAGCAAGCUUAUUGUGACUUGUUCUGCCGACAAGAAUGUGAGGAUAUGGGGUCUCGACUUUGGUGAUUGUCACAAGGCCCUAUUUGCGCAUCAAGACAGUAUCCUCCAAGUCGCUUUUGUCCCCCACAAUGGCGAUGGCAACGGACACCACUUCUUCAGUGCAAGCAAAGACCGAACAAUCAAAUAUUGGGACGGAGAUAAAUUCGAGCAGAUCCAGCGGAUGGACGGCCAUCAUGGCGAGAUCUGGGCGUUGGCGAUGAGCCGGAGUGGCAACUUCAUCAUCAGUGCCAGCCACGACAAGAGCAUCCGUGUCUGGGAUGAGACAGACGAGCAGAUCUUCCUGGAAGAAGAGCGGGAAAAGGAGAUUGAAGAGCUAUAUGAAAGCACUCUUACGAAAUCGCUCGAGCAAGAUCCUGACGACGAAGACCAGAGCGCCGAGGUAGCUGCAGCCACCAAGCAAACAGUCGACACAAUGAUGGCCGGUGAGCGGAUCCAGGAGGCACUGGAGCUCGGUCUGGUGGAUCUCCACAUGGUGAGGGAGUGGGAAGAGGCGAAAGCAGCCAACCCCAACACCGCGCCGCCCCAGCGCAACAUCAUCUUCCAAGCCCUAGGCAGCAUCAGCGCUGAGCAGUACGUCAUGUCCGUCCUGCAAAAGAUCAAGGCAUCCGCCCUGCACGAUGCGCUCCUGGUUCUCCCGUUCGCGACAGUCCCGAUGCUCUUCACGUUCCUGAACCUGUUCGCCGUGAGGUCCAUGAACAUCCCCCUCACGUGCCGCAUACUGUUCUUCAUGCUCAAGACGCACCACCACCAGAUCGUCGCCAGCAGGACCAUGCGGGCCAUGCUCGACGGGAUCCGGACGAACCUCAGGAAAGCCCUGAAGACGCAGAAGGACGAGAUGGGCUACAAUAUCGCGGCGCUCAAGGUCGUCGGCAUGCAGGUCCAGGACAAGAGCGUCAAGAACUAUGUCGACGAGAACUGGGACGAGGACGAGGGCCAGAGUGUCAAGAAACGAGCGUUCGUCCAUGUUUCGUAAGAACGAACAAAAUGUGGGACCCAGUAGGAUUAGGUGCGAUGGAGGCUCGCUGUAGCAUUGGCGCACUUGGGCAUUUGCAUAUGCAUUUUCUUACAGGAGGAAGCGAAUUUAUAAAGCCAAAUCCAACUACGCAUGGUCACCAGUGAGAAUCGAAAGACAAACUCAACCCUCCACUAGGACCAUUCCUUACACUGCGCCAUAUCGACUCGGGUGACUCGUGAUUUGAGCAGA